GGCAGACUGUCACAUUACCGCCAACUGACGUCACACGCUGUUACAUGUGGAUAAGCUAUCUACAGCACAACAUUUGAAUUUCAUAAACGGUGUCGUUUUGGUUGUAGUUAAUUUAGCAUAUUCAAAAGCUUACGGAAGCUGAGCGUCCGCAGUACAUCCAUAUGGGCCGACAAAAGACUGCAGUUAUUAGAAAAACCGCUGCAACUAUCUAAACGUGCUAACCGAAGCGCUACUUAGCAAAGGAAGGGAAAGUGCAGGCUACAUGACAUGGAGAACUACAGAAAAGCACGCACAGUCGAGCAGCCCUGCCCGUGUCCUUUCCCUGACCUGCCCAGCGACACUCCUGAAGUUCGAGUGAAGGAUGGCAGCAAAAUCCGCAACCUGAUGAGGUUUGCUUUAAGCCGUAUGGAGGAGAAAACAGCCUCCGUAGAUCAUCCAGGGCCUCUUGAAGGCUCAGAGGUGAGCGUCGGGUCGGGGGAGAAUCUAUGCCGCCAAAUCGUGUUCACGGGUGUGGGUCAGAGCGUGGCUAAAGCUAUCACGUGUGUGGAGAUCAUGAAACGCCGUGUUCAUGGCCUACACCAGCACACCAAACUGGUCUAUCGCACGGUUCAGGAGGUCUGGGAGCCCCUGGAGCCCGAGGCCGGCUUGGACAGUCUCACAGUCAGCAGAAAUGUGCCCAGUAUAUGGGUUCUGCUCUCCAGAGACUCACUUGAUAAGAACCAGCCAGGUUACCAAGCUCCAGGUUCUUUUGAUGCCUUGUGGGCUCAGGCUCUCAGAGAGGAAGCAGCAGCUCCGAAACAUGGACAGAGAAGGAAGAGGGGAGGAACAGUGGCUGGAAGGACAGAAGGGUCUGGGAGAGGAAAGGGUCCACGCAAGCACCCGGGUCGACCUGGAGAACCACGUAAACCUUUAGGUCAUGCUGGGGGUGGGCAGGAUUGAAUCUGUGUUUUGCGGCUUCCUACCAUACCUUGGUUCAUAUUGAGGUUUUUCCAUUUUGAAGUUGCAUAUCUUGAGAAUAUCUGUCAUCAAAUUGAGAGUUUAAAAGAGCAAUACAUAAUAAGACCCUUGAUAGUUCACCUAAAAAUAAAAUUCUGUUGUUAUUGAUUCAUCCAAAGCUGUUUCUUUAAAUAAAUUAAACUGACUUCAGAAAACCCUUUAAAUUUUCUACUUUAUUUUUGAUCAUGUUUUUUUGUUAAAAUAUCUUAAUGCAAAACAAUUAUUCUAUUGUUGUUGAUAGGUGUUUUGAUAAAAAUAAAAAAUAAAAAAAAUAAAACAUUUAUUUAUAUAUAUUUUUUCCAUUUGGAUGAGUUUUUGCUGGUUUAGGAAGCAAUUCAAAACAUGUUGAAAUAAACAAACGCAUUUAGCUUCAUCUGUGUUUUAUAUUCUUGUAGAUUUGAUUUACAGACUAGUGCAAGUCGAAGUUUUUCACAUCAAAAGAACGAAAAUAGGCCUAUGUCAUGUUUCGUUACUUAACUCUAGAUUAUUUGAUGCAAAGGAAAGGAAAUUGUGUAUUUUGAAUACCAAAUACGUCUGUGCAGAAAAUACACAAAUUUUGUCUUGAAGGGCUGUGACAGAAUGCAAGUGUUUUUAAGUGACAGCUCAGAAAGCAUUCAGAUGUUGUAUUUGGUGUUUUUUUUUUUUUACAUAUAUUUCAGAUGAAAAACAUGUAAUUUGAUGAGAUUUUAGGCAUAUCAACAGCAGUGGAGAAAAUUAAGACAAAACUCUAAAUUAAUUUCAUGUUUUCCCAGCACAGAAUGUUGGAGUAAAGUACAAAGACCGUGAACGCUUUAGAGAAAUAAGGAACUUUAGGUUAAAUAUUCACUAAGAAAUUUGUGAUUGGUAAAAUUCUGAAAAAAAAAAAAAAAGUUCAAAAAAUUUAAUUUUUUGUUAAGUUUGUGAUGUGUAGAUACAAACACUUAUCAGUUAGGUGGUAACACGGUUUUCCUUUAGCUGUUUUGGAAUGGAAUUAUUUUGAGGGAAUGAAGUGCCAAUGUACUGUAGUUGUUGGUAAAUUUCCUCACCUGCAAUGUGAAACUUGUUGAUUUUAGGGCACAAAUCUUUCUGGAGUCUUAUGCAAAACCACACGGGGAGAUGAGAGAAGCGAUUUUGAAUAUCAAAUGUUCUUUUACCAAACGAACAGAGAAUACAUAGCUUUUUCUGUUCAGAUAGAGGAAGAGUGCUGGCCAGGAUAAGGUAGGAUGAAGCAAACUACCGCAUUCAUUUAUUUUGUAAACUGAGUAAAUAUUUCUGAAUGUUUUCCUUAGAAGUGGUGAUUGGGAUGCAGGAAUAGCACUAUAAUAUAUAUAUAUUUUUAAGUAUUAUAUAUUUUUUUCAAAUACAAGCCUAAGCACAAAACAAUUGCUUGUCAUCAAAUACUGUUGUAAGGUCUGUACAGAUAGCAAGAAUUUAAGCGAAUGAAAAAUAACUUGAUUUACUUAAACUGAUGCAUUUUUCAUCUGAAUGAAUAAAAAAGUAACACGGCCUCCUAGAUAUGAAUAAUCUUGUUUCUAUUAAAGCAAUACUCCACCCCAAAAUAAAAACUUUGUGAUUAAUCACUUACCUUCAUGUCGUUCCAAACCCGUAAAAGCUUUGUUCAUCUUUGGAACACAAUUUAAGAUAUUUAAGAUGGACUAUUUUGACAGUGUAACUUACUCGGCAGUCUAUGGAAUCCUUCUGAUUCCGAACACAUCUAAUGACAUUUGUCUCAUUAUCUAUGUAAUGAAUAUAUUUGAAAUAAAUGCAUACUUUUGUUCAGCAAGUAUGCAUUAAAUGGAUAAAAAAUUACCAAUUAUUAUAAAAUAAAAAUAAAAAGAUUCAAAUAUA